UUUUUCUUUCUACCGAUUUUGUCCCUGAUUCUCCAGGACAUUGUCUACCGAUUUCGCCUGUUUCAGUUCGGCAACAUUGCUUGAUGUUUCAUAUUUUUGACAAAUGAUUUCCAAAGUGUGUAAAUGGUAAUUUGGUAAUGGCGGACUGCGAAAAUGUGGUGUUUGGACGUAAAAUACUUGAUUUAAAUAAAACUGUGUACAAACAAAUCUGUAUAUAUUGCUUAGUGGAGUGUUGAACCUAACAGACGGAGAAAUGUGCUUCGUAAAAUAAGUGCCUGUGUUGAUCAGUCUUAGUUUGUUUAGACGGGUCUUGAAAAAUGGCCCCAUCAGAAGAUGACAAUGCCCCAAAAGCCCCCGAUAAAAGUGAAAAAACUAAGUGUGAGAAGUCUCAUGUAGUUGACAAUGCUAAGGAAAAAGAUAAGGAUGAAAAGAGCUUAUCUAAUUUGAAUGAUGGAGAAUUAAAAGCUUUGUUAGAUGAAGCUAUGAAUUAUAAGAAUCCCAAGGAUAGAGAAGGAAAGAGUAAGUUGUUCAAGGACCUCCUCCACCAGGCUGAAGAAACCGAGCGCAUAGCGCGCGCUGCGAGCGCCGGCGGCAGUGAACUAGUCCGUCACUGUAACCCUUCCGCGCGAGGGGCAGGCGGCCGCGGCAGGCGCAGCACCGGGGGCGGCGCGGGCCGACUGAGUGGCGGUAGUACCGGGGGCGGACAGCGAUCGGGUGGAGCGGGCGGUAGCGGUAGCGGCAAACGGGCGUCGGCAGCUGAACGGCACGGGGGCAGCUUGGAUGACCUUGCCAAGGAGGAGUUGUACGUGCGAUCGGCCGCCAGGCAGUUAGUGGGGGCGGCCGGAGGCAGGCAGGCCCAACAGAACAGGAGGACGGUGUCGGCCAGGCAGAGGGAGGGCGGGAGCUUGCCUUGUGAUGUCAACUCAAGUGUGCCAGCUAGAGACUGUCAGUUCCUGGAAGAAGCAAGGAAAAGCAAAGCCCUAAAGAAUAGAGAGUACACUUCCAUAGAUAUUGAUUCUUUGGAGACUGAAUGUCUUCUAGAUCAUGAUAUAUUAGCACAGAACUACCAAGAAGCACAGCAAGAAGAAGUUACAGUUGCACCUAGAUACACCUCUAGGGCCACUCUACAGAUAUCUGCCACACCUGUUGAUGAUCCAAUACCACUGGAUCUAGAAACCGCCGUCGAUAAGAAACCAUACGAUCUGGAGUCUUUACAGAACAAAGUUUCACACAGCGAGUACAAUGUAUAUACUGCGACUUAUCAUCCGAAGACUGAAGAAAAGAAAGUUGAUGAAAAUGGUAAUGCACUACAUCAGAGCUCCAGUGCAAAGGCCAAGAAAAAGAAGAUCCAAGUGGACAAAAAUGUGGUUGUAUUGGCCGCUGAAAAGGUAGAGGGACAUCGUGGUGAUAUCAUUAAUGAUGUCGAUAAACUCAUCCAGUACAUAGCCGGUGAUAAGGAUGAAAAAGAUUCGUCCGGAAAAAGGUACAAUGUGCACAAGUCGAAGCAGUUGCAUAAGCAACACACUACUGAGGACGGACCUAGGAGCAAGAAACAAAGGGCUCAUUCCAAAGGGAAAGAAAGCAGAUCCGAGUUGAAGAAAAGUAACUCAUUGGGAGAAAUAUCCACUUCCAAAUUGGACGAUUUUGCUUUCUCUACCAGAGAUGAAAAGGACGAGGAUCAGGUUGUACUUAGGCCUAAUAAAACUCAAUCAGAUAGACCAAAGGAAAGGCGAUCGUGGGGCAAUGUAGAGCCUCCACUGUUCCAGAUUUUGUCGAACAGCGCUUCGAUAGAAAAUCUGGAAACGUCUGAUAACUGGGAGGUCACUAAACCAAAGAAAAAGAACAAAAAACGUCGGAAUAGCAUCAGCAGCAAUAGGAGACAAAAUUCUACCUCGGACUCGUUUGCCAAACAGCAUAACAGGGCUCCUUCGCCCGAUCUGCGCGGGAAAUCCGCCUGUUCGGUGCCGCACAGCGAACGGUCGAACGACAGCUCUGACGCUGAUUCAGUGCAUUCGCUACCCAUCGACGGCCUGAAUCACCAGAUCUCGUACGCGGACAUCGCCAAGAACAGGGAGAAGAAGCUGUCGCCUGAGAAGCAGGAGAAAAUUGGGGGCGCAGCUGGCAAGGAGAAAACGGUGGUGACGGUUGCUUCAGCGGCGAGGGUGGAAUGCGACUUGAAGUACAGUGGGCAGGCGGUAGCGAAGAAUAAAGUGGUCGUCGUAGAGAAACAGAUCGGCCUUACACCCGUGAUAAAUAAUGUUAAGGUCGAUAUUGUGCCGUUGGUCACCAAACCUCAACCGCCGCCCGACGUGAACAACCCCCGUGCGUUCCCGGCCAUCCCCAGCGAUCCAAAGGCCCCACCGGACGUACAUAGUCCUAAAGCGUUCCCUGCGAUUGCGGAACCGCCGAAGAACGGACCCCAACCGCCGCCUUCGGUCUGUGAUGUCCCGAAAGGGGGCGUGUCACCCCCUGCGUCUCUUGUCGCAGCCUCCCCACCGGACUUUUCCAAUCCGAAGAGCUUCCCGGCAAUAAGUAAGAGCGGUAGUGGAAGUAUGGCUAGUGGUACCAGUGUGAAAACGAAAAACGCUUAUACGUCGGCGAUUAGGGUCGGGGGCGGUGCUACAAGUACGACGGGGACGGUCAAAAGUGCGACGAACAGUGUGAACAAGGGUGCCGGUGCAGUGUCCGUUAGUACUUGCGUGGUGCAAUGUGAUAUUCAGAAUGAUUUGUCGAUAAUUCAUUCGAACGAAAAGGACUCGAUCCAGCACAAUGCGCAGAUGCUGCCGGCGAAUAUCCCGGACGUGCGUACCAUCGAGCAGAUGCACUUCCUGCAGCGCAAUGCGGCUGCUGCUGCUCCGGCGUCACCUGUGGUCCAGGCUGUGUCUCCCGCCGAGCAGCAAUAUCCUGCUCCUGCCCCUCAGCAAAGGGUGCAGUCGCCGGUCCCCGCUCCAGCGCCUACGCAGCCCCAGCAGCAACAAGCGCAGACGCGGCGACAACAGCCGCACCAUCAACACCAUAAUCACUGUGAUAACGAACGACCAACGACGAUAGCAGGGAGCAAUUCGUCGGCGGAAAGCGAAGACGGUAGCAGUAGCUGUGGUGGCAUGGACAACCGUCCGCCUGUGGUGAUAAUGAGCAGUGGCGCCGCCUCCGGCAACAAAGAGGUGCCCGAUUUGGUGUUCGGUUUCGAUAUAAAUGAACAGCUGUUGCACGAGAGCGCAUGCGAAAGUUUUGUCGCCAGAUGGGUGGCGCCCGAGACGUACACCUUCCAUUCGCAUAACCACGAUAAGAUCGUCAACUUUAUCGGAUCAGCCUGGGAAGCAAUAGUCAACCAAUCAAAUGGAAAAGUACAGUACUACAAAGAAGAGUCCUAAUAUUUAAUAGUGAUAGUGUAGUAUAAAUACUAGUCAGAAAACACUGAGCUGCUGUUUGCGAGAAAGCAGGCGUAUAUAGAAUUGAAGACUUGAAUAGUGUAUUUAUGUAACAAAUUGCGAUAUGGACCAUUGUGGCGUGAAGUAUUAACAGAUAGACUGUAUUUAUCUCAAGUGCGAAUUUUCUAAAAUUUAGCUGGCACAGGCUAAAUUGUCGGGAACAAAACGGAUAAAUAAAGAUGUUUAGUUGGGAGCCUCGAAGUAUCCUGAUGUACUCGUCAUUUUCUUUACCAGCAAUACUGCGAGACAGUUAACAAUCGUGGCCCCGGAAUGUCUACACAUUUCGGGGCCUGGAAUAAAUAAUCGUUACUUAUGAUCUAAACAGCUGAACGUAAGCACGCUAAAACGUCAACACAAAUAACUAUUUUUCGUCGGAGCAUGCCUAACUUAGCACCAAUACUUCAGUCACUAUAAGCAUGAAAAUUAUACUAUGAAGAUCGAGAAAAUGCUGGAUCGGAAAAGACUGUUUGUCCAAGUUCUCAGUGCUUCCAGACGUUGCUUAUUUUCUCAAAGACAAGCGUUUUAUGUUCUUUCUAGAAACUCACCAUUAAUUAAACCUUGUCUAUGCACGUCACUGGUUUGCAUGGUAUACCUCUGGUAUUAUCCAUGUUAGAUUCUUCUGUUUAUCUAAAAUUACAACUAGUAUUUGAGUAAAAUUCUUAUAGUUUUACUUCUGAAAUUAUAUGCUACUAACCGAGGAUAUGACAAGCAUAUUACUCAAAUGAUGUAAUGAGGUUCCAUAGCUUCCUUCACAUGCCGUAUAGUGUUUACAACAUCGAGCAUCACAGUGUUUUCAAAAUAGGGGAAGCUAAACCUUUUCAUAUGAAUGUUUUAGGAUUUCACCUCAAAUGUUCAAACCAAAUUAUCUCCAAAAAAGUGAUCUGAAAAAAAUUCAUUAAGAGACAAAAUCUAUGUAACAGUUGGAUGAAAUUUUAUCAAAUGCACUUUCUUCUCCGAAAAUGCCAGUGGCGUAGAAUAUAUUUCGUAUUAGGGGACCCCGUACCCCAGUUUCUACGUCCACGGUUUAGUUUGGGCCGGAAAACUCUGUGUUUAUUGCUUAUGAUGCUCAUUGAACGUCUAAAAUCUGGUAUAAGUAAAUAUUACUUUAUAUAAAAAUCAGCCUUAAGCUUUUGGGUAUAGUUUUAUUUUUUACUCAACCUUUCUCACCUGGUAUCAGGAAAUCGGUUUUCUUCCCAACUUAGGAGGUAUGCAGGCUGUGAAAGUGCAUAUAAACAAUGCCCUGGGAUCUUCUCUGUAUAAUACGUUUCUGCAGAACGUCCUGAUAUUACUGUUUUCUGUAGUGUUACCACUAUCAAAAAAUUACUAAAAAAAUUAUAACGUUUUAACAUGUAGGUUAGCGUGUUAGUUAAAAGUCGGGCACUCAUUUUCAAGGUAUAUGGCACUAACACUCACAAGAGCUGUCUUUUAAUCCGAUGGUCUCAAAACUUUGUAGCAUCUAGCAUUUUUGAGAUGUGCUACUUCUCCAUUGUCUCGAAUAUCAACUUCAAGCAAUAUUAAACAUAAUACAAUUAUAUUUUAUCGCCCAAAACACUUGGCAUCGUAUUAAAAUAAAGAAAACAUGCCUUGUCUAACUAUAGGAUGACCGAUCAGCAUGAGCAUUAUGUAACAUCUUUGGUUUUCAUGCUGAUAAUCUCCCAUGUUUGUCAAUGAAACCAUAUACUCGUAUAUUUGAAAUUGUUCUAUAAUACCACAACGAAAUACUUUUCCAUAAUCAUAAAAUAGUAACUGAACCUGUACAAAAUCUUGUUGAUGUGGAGGUUCUACUAAACAACUAAACCAAUAAUGAUCAGAUAUAAUAAAAUUUGCAUCAAUUUUUUUAUGGUUAUAUUAGCUUUUCAUACAAGUUUUUUGACAAGUAUACAGAGCUAUAUUCUGUAUCAAACGUGGAGCAUGCUUAGCUUACUUACAACAAUUAGUUUUCUGUCACCAAGUGAAUAUGGUAUUACUGUUCAUGUUAUAAAUUCAUUUAUUAAAAAUACGACGUUUCGGUAAUUUUAAACCUUUCAGAUACAUGUGUUUCUUCUACUACUUCUAAUAACAUUUCUGCCCAGGGCAGAAGUGUACUUAUUUUUACCAAAUGUUGUAGAAACUUACAGGUACCUGAAUAUGAAGCUUAAGGUCAUCGAAACGUCGUAUUUUCAUUAAAUGUUCUUAAGUUGACAGAAUCCCAAGCAUUUAUAACUUGAUGUCAACGGUCAGAAAUGCAAAUCUGCAAAAUUAUUGCUAUUGAAAGAACUGUUUUUUGUGUAACUUCAAUUACAAAAUGAGUGAAUUAAGAUGGGAAUCAGCUCAUUUUUUUAUAAGGUUAUCCUGAAUGUUUGUUAAGUUUUAAUUUUUUGCCGAAACUUAGGUAUUGCAUGCAAUGGAAACUAAAAUGCGUGACAAAUGUUAUUCAAUUGUACAUAGGAAUAAAAAAGAAAAAAGUACGUGUCAUGUGAUAGUUAUUGGGUUAAAAACCAAAUUGUAAACGAUACAGCAUUUUGUAAGUUGAAUUACUUUUGACAAAGCUAUUCAUUAGUUCAAACUCAUUUUACAAAAACAAAAAUUAUAUUUUUUUGUGAAAUUGCUUAUAUUUAUCAUUUGCAUAUAUAUAUUAAGCUAUAGUGACUGAAGUAUGAGGGAAAAUAAAAGCUUUAUGCACAUGUAAUCCUUCUUUUCUGUUUAUUGAUCUCAGUUGUCUACGCGAAAAAAUGUUAUUUAACUUUUACAGUUAUUUAAAGUUGGAAAUGAUUUUUAUUGGACGUUUUGCUUUUAAAUAUAUUUUUGGUAAAAUGGGAAUGAAAAAUUGUAUAUUUUUCUGUAACAAUUUUUUCAAAUUGAAGAAUUAUUAAUAUAAAGUUUUUAUUUCCCAUUUUAUGCUAAGUAAAAAACGGUAUCGAGCUCGGAUUUAGUUUUUAGUUGUUGAAUGAAUAAUUAUUUUUUGACGUUUAACUAGAAUAAUAUAUUUUUUUUGUUUAUGAAUACGAUUUUUUGAAAACUUAUAAAUAUGUAAAAAUUGUCAAUAGCAAAAUAUAUAUGUAUGUAACGUUGAUUGUAUGCUUUUUUGGAAUACUGCUGAUGCUAUUAUAAGUUUACUCUUAUUGAAAACUAGCGUUUGCAAUAUGGAAGUACGAAUCUUUUUGACAUUAGUUUCAAAAUAUAGUGAAUUCUUUUGUCAACUUGUUGGUCACAGUUUUUUAGAUUCAUUAGAAUUGAAACUCAAAAAAUAAGUGAAAAAAAGCAUAAACUUUGAGCACAUUUGUGCACCCGAUUUGCUCGAUAGCGUCAAAUGUUUGACUUUGGGAUGUAUCUUUUUGACCUCGUUUAGUGACAGAGCACCCAUUGUUGUCAAAUUCGUUGUAUAGAGGAGCUGUUGUAUAGCUUCUUCUAAUCGUUCUGGAUAUAAAUGUUGUAUUUCAUAAAAAUAUUAACUAGAAAUUAAAACAUUCCAAAGGUUGCAGGCUCUAUUGAACUGGAGCACUUUCCAAGAGUUGUAUUCUACAACUUUACGAGUAUAUAAACCUUAUCUUCCCCUUUCGCAUCUUUACGCAGCUGAUUUUUUCUUUUUAAUAGAAUUAACAAACAUAUCAUCCAUUUUUAGUUUUGAUCUCAAAAAUGAUGUAUACCAUUUUACAGCAUGUAUUCGUUGAUUCUAUAUUUGAUUUUCGUCUUCCCGUAUACUGCGCGAACUGGUGGUAAGAAUUUAUUAAGAACCAGUAACAAGUUUCUUUAUUCUCAACCUCAAAUUGUGAAUGAGAAUCACCAUCAUGUUUUUUUAUAUAUGGACAGAUGUCGAAAAGAUUUGGGAACUUUCCAAGUGAGAAGUCCUGAUCACUUUUCAUUUUGGGUGCAAGUGUAAAUGGUGCCAAAAUUUGUCUGCAGCAGACAAAUGCUUCUGAGCAAUAAAAAAAUCCUGUUAUAAUGCGUAACAUUAAUUAAAAAUCGAUCAUGAUUAAUUGUAUUCAAACAAAAAAUCAAAACAAAGGUAGAUUGCUAGAGCCAUUGGCAAUUCACCAUGCAUCUGAAUUUUUGUUGCAACUUUUUUUUAUAUUGGAAAGCUAAUACAUUUAUUUCCUAUUCAAAUUCUACAUGGUCUAAAUAUUAACAACUGACUGUUAGAUGAGAGAUUUUCUUAAAAUGAGGAUGCUUUAUUUGCCAUGACUGUCUUGAGUGGGAAUGAGAGUUAAGACGUCAAAUUAGCGGCAUUUUAUUCGAACUAAUUGCCUUGAAGAGUCAACUGUAAAGCUUCGUAUUUCACUACUUGAGGGACGUGUCAAAUUAAUGAUUUAUAACCAGAGAUAAAGGGUUUUCCAUUAAGGCUUUGACAACUUUCUUUUUAAAUAAAACAAUAUGUGGACUCAACUUUUUUUACUAGACUAUGAAUUUCUUGUCUACUGGGUCGAGAAUUACGACCAAAAACUAGCGUUAAUUCUCUUUGCAGUUGCAGUCACCGACUCGGAAUUUCGGUUGUAAAUUUUAUUUGUAAGCGUUGUUCUUUCACCAUGAUGAAAAUGUUUUAUUUACUGAAUGUUUUGACAUUGACAGUUCUGUAAUUGAUUUAAAGGUGCGUUCACAGUGAAAGUUCAAAGUUGUCAAGUCCCUAGUGGAAAGCCCGAUGAUAAGGAACCUCAGAUCGUAAAGGUGACCAUUGAUAUUUGGCGACAUUUCUUUCACCUCUAAAUGAAAAGGUAAAUAAAACGUCCUCACAUUAAGGAGGCCUCAAGAAAGCCUUAUAGCUAAUUUUUAAAUACCUCGAAGGACAGUUGUGCAACAGUUUUUAUUGUAAUUCUUAUAUCAGUGUACUAAAAGUAAUGAAAAGUGAUAAGGACUAAUAUUUUGAGUAUGUGCUGGGAUGCUUGAUUUCGAGCAUACAUAUAGAUAUCGUGUUAAAGUUAGUCUUUAACUAUGUUUAUUUAUUGAGAAUGCUAAUUAACAUCUGUACUUGCAGUUGGGCAGUUUGAUUUUUCAAAUUGUGAUAACUGUAACCAAUGGACCAGUCAAAUUAAUGUAUUUUAUAGCUACUUCCAUGUGUUCUCUUUCAUAUUUGAACUAGAAUCUUGAGAUAAUAAUUCUGUUUCUCUCCAACAUGUUAUUAUAUGUAUCACACAAUUGCAUAGUGAGUGAUAGUGCGAGUGGCAACACAGGAUCACUGCUACCGUUCUAAAUGAGGAAAAAGGUAUUAUUACAGAUUGUACAACACAACUGUUGUUGCAAUUUAUACUUCCUAUGAUGAUCCACGUGUAAUGCAUCUAGUAACAUACUGUUUAGUAUUUUCACCAACAGUUGGCCUCUGAUGAAAGUGAGAAUACGCAGAUUUGAAAGUAUUUUGAAUAACACGUAUUAGGCUUAGUUGUGAAGGAUAUUCCAAAAUUCGUUGAUAGUUUUGACUGGUCUAUGCCAUCCAACAUGUAUAAUGUAAAAUAGUUGUAAUAAUAAAAAAAACUAAGUCAUUUUUUAGUUUUUUAAAUGAUAAUGUCUAAAAUAGUUAUUUUUGAAAAUUUAGACAGAUCUAGGAGGGUAUUCCUCUAGAUUUUAUAUAUACAAGUAUUUUUGUUUUUCAAAUUAUAAAAUUGUUAAUACUGAUACAAUUGUUAUUUCAUUUGAUAGCUAAUCAAGGCACAAUCUAUAAUUUUUGACCGUAGGAGAAAAUUGAGAUGCUUAAUUUAAAGAGAUUAUGUGAUACAUUUAUUACCGUAAUUCAACAACGUUUUUGAAAAGCAUAGGUUAGGUUCAAGGAAAAUAGUAAAAAAUAUUUGCAAGUUUUAGAAAAUGUCUUUUCCUAUAGAUUUUCGUCCUGUUUUACUUGUUCCUGUUAUAUAAAUACAUAGUCGAAUUAUAUAAGCCUGAAAGGAGGGUGAACCUAGGAAUGGGAGAGAGCUGAAAACUUGUAGAAACCAUUAUUUUGUCAUUCUAAAAGUUCUCGCAAUACUCUCAUCAACCUCGUGUGCGCGUCUUAAGUUGGCAAAUGUCGUAAAAAUCGGUUUUUGCAAAGAUGUCGCUUCCUAUGAGCUUGAUGUUAUUUGCAUUCGCUGUUAAUGUUGUAGAGCAUGAAAUUAUGAAAAACUUCUGUCUUGAACAUUUUUCCAUACAAUUACCAGUUUUUGAUAUAGAGGGCGCUCAACUAUUUACAGCAUGAAUCUAAGGUCAACCGUUAGUCCCGAUAAAUAAGUCUAUAAUCGAGAAAUAUGUAGUUAUAUCAAUCCUAAUCUUCUAAUUCUUCUUCCGGUCGCUUAAAAACUUCCAAUUCAUUAUCGUUUUCGUCAUCAAGGAUACAGUAGCGGACAAAAGUUUUGAAACAUUCUUAGUAAUUUUCAAAAAGUGUACUGAUUUCUUAUUCUUUAUUAUUGAGAACUAUUUUUGUUCUCAUAUAGUGUGCUUACAGUCUUGAGGACACAAAUGGCAAUUUGUGUUUGCUGUGGUACUACAGACUAGCAUUAAAAUACCUUCAUUUUAUGACCGAAAAUGAGACGACAAAAGCAUGAAAACAUAUUUUUUGUCUCCAGAAGUAUUUCGAGGUCAAAAGUGAUAACUUCAUCGGGACUGCUCUGAUAUGGUGAAGCAUUGAAGUUUGCCUAUUAAACUAGCCAUAAGCUAAAGAACAUUUCAACCCCGAUUUUCUGCAUUCACAGCAUGAGUCAUAAUCAUUCAUGCAGUUGCAAAAUAUUGUAUUCAGUAAUGCAUCAUGAGCUGGUGGUAACUUUGUCGUAAUCGCUUCAGGAAUUAAUUUCGUAAAUAGCUAAGCGCUUCGCGAUCUCGGCUCUCUAUCGCAGAAACGGUGAAUUGCAUGAAAAAAUGUUUGAAACAAAAGUUGUAUAGAAUUUCAUUCUCUACAAUAUUCGAUCUUUGCAAAAAAACGAUUUUUGGAUUUGAUAUCUUAAGACUGCUUUCUACGGGUUUACAACUUAUUAUCUCUCAUUUCGAGGUGAAACUGUUAGUAUGCCUGGAUUAAAAAAUCUUGAUUGAUUAUAAUUGAUAGUCUAAAAAAUACAUUUUAGACCUGACUUCAACAAAUGCCAAAGUUCUAGCUCUUUAUAACUGCAAAAUCAAAAAUAAUCUACAAGCUUGAUCUUUUCAAGACACCUAAUGGUCUUCAACUAAAAUGGUUCAUACGUUGAGAAAUUCAGAUAUCAGUUUUUUUGCUUCUUGAUUAUCGAUAGAUAUUAUAGUUUGCUGAAUAUUGUUUUUUCAAGAACUGUUGUUAAUAGUUUUUAUUACAGAAGUCGUGAUCAUGACUGUGCUUAUUCAAUGACAGUCAGAAGUUUAGAAAAUGUUUGAGAAGGGUACCAAAAUAUUGAUUAUACAGAUGAGGUAAAGCUUUAUUCAAGUGUGAGGAAAAUGCUUGGAGUAUAUUUAAACAGCUUAGAAAAUUUGAACAACUUACCGUCUUCUUCCAUUCUUUUGUCUAGAUUUUCCAUUUGAACCCUAUAUCUCCUCGUUUUCUACACUUACACUAUACAUCCUUAACAUAAUCUUCUGAUGUUAUGCAAUAUUUGUUGAAUACUGGAAGAACAAGUUCCUGAAGUAAAUAUUGUAUAGCGAUUCUGUAACGCUUUUAUUUUCUGAACGGUGAUCAAAAUGCUAUCUGUGGAGAUUCCUCCUGAAUGGGAAUCAAAAUCAACUUUGCAAUAAUUAAAUAGAUAUAUGUAUAUUUUGAAGACAAAUUAUUUUUUUACAGAAAUGGAAUCUUCCAAAAGUAUGUAGUAUUCAUCAAAAAUGGUGAUACAAUUUUAGCUUCCGGUAGGUAUUUGUUUACCAAGAUUGCCAAAAUUUCUUAGUCACAAUUUGAAUGGCAUAAACACUCGCCGAACUCCAUAAAAAACGGACCGAUAAUAUCGCUUCCAUAUUUUUUUGUCUGCAUUACUAUAGUGGCAAAAUAUUGUACUCUAUCUUGCAAGUCACUUGCUUUUUCAUUAUUAUUAUUUUGAUAAAUCCUAUAUCUUAUAACAAAUUUUACUCUGUUAAAGAUCUAACUCUUAUUUGUAUCCUCGGUUUCUGGACAGGCAUCUAAUCUCCAGUAUUCAAUUUUUUGAAAGUGUGAGAACAGGGUAAGAUAGGUAUCUCAAUUUUCCAUGUAAUUGCAUAUUACCAGCGUUUAUCUUAUUUGAAAAAUGCCUUGAUUAUAUAACUCAUAUCUAAUUUGUAAAAUAGUUGUUGUUUAUUUUGUUGUUUUUGCGUUUUGGUUAUUUUUUUAUUUCUUCGUCUUUUUGUAAAAAUAAAUAGGUAAAUUGGAAGUUUGGUCGCAAUAAUGUGAUUCAAACAAAUGAGAAUGUUUAGUUAUCAGAUCAUUCGGAACAGUGUCUAAAGCCAGUAAUUUUUUUGUAAAGAGAAAUAUUUUGGAUAAGCUGUUUUUAGUAAUUUUUUAAUCAUUAAUUUGUUGCAAUUUUUUAAAUUUGUUUACACAGAAUAUUUGCUUUCUAAAUAUACAUUUAUUUAUUC